AUGGAGGGGGAGAGGCCGUUGGCCGACUCGCCCCGCAAGCGGCCGCGUGUGCUCUGGCGCGGGGUGCUGCUGCUGCACGACGGGACGCAGCUCCCUGGCACGACGAUCAUGACACAUAUGCACCCAUGGGCGCAUCUCCAUACCCACGAGACGCGGCCCGGCGCGCUCGAGGCCGAGGCCGAGCUGUGCCUGGCGCUCGAGAUGGUGCGGCACCACUCGCUGUGCGUGCGCCCACCGUCGGAAGCGAAAGAAGAGAUCGAGGCCUCUGGGCAGAUUCAGCUACACAUCGACGCGUCGCACCCCUAUACGCUUGCCUACUUUGAGCGUAUCUUUGGCGCGCCCGACGGCCAGCUGGCGCUCGUGUACGACCCCAACGUGUCGGAUCAAGCGCCGGACAUUUCGAGCGUGUACCGCACGUCGCUGCACAGCAGUGGCGCGCUCGAGCUCGUCCUAUGUGCGCGCCAGAGCGCCGACGCGCCGCAUAUCGUCGACCUCGUCGUCGGCCGCCGCGUCGCCAAGCACCGCGAUAGCAUCGACAAAAAGGCGCCCCGCGCCCCGCGCCCGGAUGAUCCGCUGCCCCGUGCGCCGCGGCAGCUGCGAUGGGACUCGAGCGACGACGAGCGGCCGACGGUCCUCGACGCGCGCGUGCGCAAGCGCGGGCACCUCACCCUCACGCCCGAGCGCAGCCGCGGCGGCCACACGCCCGGGCGCCGCGGCGAGAAGCGGCCGCAGCGCAAGGCGCCGGUCGACGAGCCGGUCUAUGUCCCGAUCGCCGCGGCGCUGCCCCCGUCCGGCACACCGGCCGCGGACGACCCCGCGAUGGAGGAGGCGAACCGACAGUCGAUCAAGCGCCUCGUCCGCAACCAGCUCGUCGGCAACGGCAUGGAGCGCGGCGAGCGUGCGUUUGACGCGUGCUUCCAAGCCGCCUAUGCAGGCACAUGCCUCGUGUUUCGCCGAACCAUUCAGACGCACCGCGUCGAUCCCAAGGCCGCGGCGCGCAUCGUCGCCGCGCACCUUGCCAUGUACACCAACCCCGAGGAGCUGGUGCUCUGGCUGCGGCGCCUGCCGCCGUACUGGUACGAGUACACGACGCGCGCCAAGACCCGUUGGUACGGCCGCCAGAUCCUCGAGGUAUUUACGACCGAGUUCCGCGACCGCACCAAGGAAUACUAUACCUGGGCCAUUUACAAUGGCCUGUGCACCGUAAAUGGGCAGACGGUCACGCCGGUGUACCGCAUACAGAACAGUGACUUUUUGGUCAACAAGGUGCACCGACACGAGCCGGCAGUCACCGAUGCGCCGGUGCGCAUUCUGCACCGCGACGACAGCAAAGGGCGUCUCGUCGUGGUCAAGCCAGGGAGUAUCCCGGUGCAUGCGACCGGCCGCUACCACCGCAACACGCUCGUGGAAAUGGUCAAGGAGCAGACGGGCCUUGCGCAGGUCUUUACAAGCAACCGCCUCGACCGGCUCACGUCCGGCAUCAUGGUGUGCUCGACGACCAAAGAGGCCGCAUGCGAGCUCGGCAACGACUUUAAUGCGGGCCUCGUGAACAAGGCGUACGUGUGCCGCGUCGUCGGCGCAUUUCCCGAGCACGAGAUCGACUGCCGCGAGCCGAUUCUCAGCGUUGACCGCCAGAGCGGCCUGAACAUUGUGCACCCCAAAGGGAAGGACUGCCGCACGCUCUUUCAGCGCAUCUCCUACGACCCUGACACCGACUCGAGCGUGGUCGUGUGCCGCCCAAUUACCGGACGCACGCACCAAAUUCGCGUGCACGCCCAGUUCCUCGGCCAUCCGAUCAGCAACGACCCGCUGUACAACCACCCGGUCUGGGCGACGGUCGACCGCGACGUCCUGUCGACCGCGCAGCCGCGGCACUAUGAGCGCGUCGGCGGCGAGUCGGGCAACGUCGAGGUCGAGCGCGUGCUGACCGCCCUGAAAGGCGCCCGCGACGACUCCGAGGGGUGGGCGCGCUGGCGCGACGAUGUAGUCUUUGGCACGCUCAACCGCCAAAUGAACUACGAGACGGUGGACGUGCCGGGACCGAACGGACAGCCUGCGCCUGCGCCGCCGGCCGACGCGGCGCCGAUGGACACGGAAGUGUGCGAGACGUGCCGCAUCCCGCUGCUGCCUGACCCCACGCCGGAGGAGCUCUAUAUUUAUCUGCACGCGAUCAAGUACUGGACGGAUCAGUGGUCGUUCCAGGACGAGCUGCCGUGGUGGGCGAGCGAGCAGUGGCAGCAUCCGGAUCCCAACGAGAACCGCGACCUGCCCGACCUGCCGCUUAUCUCGAGCGAGACGGACCUCGGCAAAGGGGGUGCGUUCCGCCGUGUCAAUGAGGCGCUCGAGAAGCGCCCGGCGCUCGUCGAGCGGGCGAUCGGACAAGAGACGGCGCUUCCGGCGGCAACAGCGCCGCCGCUAGUCCUCGAAGUCCCCCGUGGCCUCGAGGACGUGGCGCAGCGCGAGCUCGUGCAGCGCCUCGGCAUGGAUAGAGACGCGCCGGCGCUCGAGUCGGCGCUGCACUCGGGCGUCGUCCUGAUGGACGCGUCGAAAUGGGGCACAGUGCUCCUCGAAAAGUACGCCGCCGGGCUCCUGCCGGGCCUGCUGGGCGUGUACUAUGCCAUGGGCCGCCGCGUGCUCCCUGCGCCGCUGCUGGAUGCACUCUUUGCCGAGCGUGUCGAGGCGCUUGGCGCCGGUGCCGGCGGCCAUGGCCAAGCGUGGCAGCCGACGCCGAGCGAGAAGAGCCUCUUUGCGCUGGUGCAAGAGGCAUGGGACGCAAGUGCCGCUGCACGGGCGGCCGCGCUCGACGCGUGGACGGCGCACGAGACCCCGACGUUCCGUGUCGCGGUGCACGUCGACCGCAGCUCGUACGUCUUUCCCACGGUGAGCACGAGUGCGAUGGAGGCGCACCUUGCUUCGCUUGUCCUCCCGUGGCUCGCCUCGGUAAUCCCUGGGACAUGGGAAGUGGCGCCGAGGCACGAUACCCCCCUCUUGGUCAAGAUGGCAUUUGCGCCGCGCCUCGGUGUCGACGAGACGCUGCAGUCGGGCCCUCGAGCGCGCCAAGGCAAUCCGCAGGGCGCGCUCGUCUUUCAAGUCCAUGCCCCCACGUCCUCGGCGCCGGUGCAAACCAUGUCCACGCCGGAAGCGACGCGCGAGGUGAUGGCGCGCGCUCGUGCGCAUGCCGUUGCUGCGCUCCUCCCGCUGGAUGCGGCCGCGGACGAGGUGCGCGUUAGCACGCUCGCGACGGCAGACCCUGCGCUCGGCUCUGCGCUGAUGGACGUGCUUGCAGCGCACAAGCUGCGUGCGACGCUCGACAGGGCGCCUGCACCCGACACGCUCAGCGGUGCCCUCGUCGAGCUCCCUGAAAAGGCGCGCGACCUCCCCCACGCGACGCUCUUCCCCCUGCUUGUCGAGCGCAUGUCGGAGCUUCUUACGGCCCUUGCACCCGGCGCGCGCGCUCUGCUCCUCACGAGCGAGCCCAAAAUGCUUACGCGCGCCCUCAAAGAAGUCGAGAACCAGUGCCGGCGCGACGAGCAGCCGUACGCGCUGCGUUUGGAGCCCAUGACCUGGCUAUCCUCUGAUCCCUAUGUGCUUGCAUCUACUCUUGCCGACGGCAACCUGGAAGCCGAGCUGCGCGGGGGCAUGCGCUCCUUCUUCUACCACCACACCUAUGCCGCGUGCGUCGGCAAGGCGGCCCUGUACCGUAAGUAG